CUCAUAGAACAGGGGCCAGCAAAAGCUACCGUUGAGUCACAGCUUAGCGCCAUUGUGCGGUAGCACAGCGAUGACGCCAGACCCGGAGAAGCUCGGAGCUGAACUUCCAGCUGGGGUGAAGGGCACGAUGGAUGGAGAGAAGCCGCCUCUGUCGCAAGUGGAGGAGCUGCGGAAGGCCAUUGAGCCCUUCAAGCUGAAGUAUGGCCACUACCUCACGCAAAUCCGGCCAUGGCGGGAGUUCAUCAGAUUGUCAAAACCCGAAGGGGACAUUCAGAAGCGUCUGCAAGUGAACCUUUCGCACUUUCAGAUAAACUAUGCCGCGAUCUUCCUACUGCAGAUGGUCCUUGCCAUCAUAUCGCACCCAGAGUGUUUGGUCGUGAUUGUGGUUAUGGCGGUUAUUUGGAUCAUGUUCCUCAAGAAGAACGAUGACCCCAACUGGGUGGUCACCAUUGGUGGCAUGGAGCUUGGAAAGACUCAGAGAUGGAUGGCACUAAGCGGCAUCACCGCCAUUGUGCUGCUGUGCGUCGUUGGACAGGUGAUGUUCUCUGCCGCCUUCUUUUGUUCAAUUCUCGUGCUGGUGCAUGGAAUCCUGCAUCCCAUUCCAGAUGCCACAGAUGAGAUGAAUGAGAUGAUUUGAUCAAUGAGAUCAUUUGACUCCUGAAUUGCGUAGUGCUGCCUGAGUUGUGGUGUUUCACCGUGCCACAACAAAGAAAUGGUUGCAGCACGGGGAAGUGACCGUGCUUUCCCUGCUGCCCUAGACACCUGUGCAGUUCUUCUAUGGGAUCCAUGGGUGGCAGGGAUCACAUCCAAAGUGAACGAUGUGAGCAAAGGACAAACUCACCAAAGUAGAACAUCUG